CAGCAAAGUGAGCGCGGCAAACAAACAAGGAGAGAACCCACCACCAGCGCCGACACAACAGAAACGCAAAGCAACAGUGCGAACACAAAGCGAAAUAGCCGAACAAUCGAACAGUUUGAAGACAUCAACUUCCCCAAUAAGAUGUUAUAACGCGGAUAAAUAAAAACGUGUCGAAGUGCUAAGUAAAUUGAAGAAGUUUCCAAAAAUAAUUGAAAAUUCUAAAUUAAAUGAAAUAAAAAUGUUAAAAUCUAUAUAAGCGAAUACUUAACAUCGCUGAAGGGCGUAGUGAGUGAUUUAGUGAAGAAUCUAUGAAAUUUGCCAGAAUUGAAGAAACUACUUAAACUUGCAGUUAAUUUGUAAAAAAAAAAUUAAAGCACAUUAGCGCAGUGAACAAAGCAACAACAACAGUAAUGCGGUGCAGUGUUGUUUUAGAAUUGUAAAAUAAUAGAAAAAAGCUGUAAGAAAAAACGAGUGAGCACAAAGCAUUCUGCUUCGCUUAUUGUCAGCCUGUUGCACAUUGAAUGCACACACAUACAUACAUAUAUACACAUAUAGUAGGCACUUAGAUAUUUGCUUACCUACAGUGCAGUGGCGUGUUGCGAAUCAGCAAGAGGAAAUGAAAAGUUGGAAAAUAAUUGUUUAUGCUGUGAAAAUAAAGUAUUUAUGUACAUAGGUAGAAAGUGUUGUGCUAGAAGCAGCAUAAAAAUAGAAAUAGCAGCACAAAGUGAGUGGCUAAAUAUAAAAGCAAACAAAACAUACAUUCAUAUCAAAAAGCAUACGUACAUAUGUAAGUGUUUAAAGUGUGGAUUCUUAAAUGGUUAAACAAAAAAAAAAAAACAAAUCAAAUGAAACCAAAAUUACAAUUUUGAUAAAAAUAAUUUAACAAUAAAAACGCAAGUGAAAAUCAAAGUGAAAAAACUUAUUUUUUCAAAAAAAUAAAAAGUGAUGAAUUUGAAUAUAUUUUGAGGAAAAUACAAAAAGUAAGCACUGAGGGAUCAAGUAUUGUUAAAAUAAAUGUUUGAUAAUUACAAACCGCUCAAAAUUGUGCUAAUUACAAUUACAAUAACAAAUAUAGAACAUGCGCGUCUUUUAACACCGCAAAGAAUAGACGAAUACUAUAUGAAAAAUUCGAAAAAAAAUCAAAGGUCAUUAAUAUUCUGUCAACUUUGCGCCAACUUCGUUGCAGGAGUCGCCAUCAAAGUUGUCUCAUCGAAAAAUUCACCAAAAGUAGACGUGCCCAGAAAUACAAAUUCUCUUACCGAAACUAACCGGCAACGCCGAGUAAGCAAAAAGUGAAAUAAAAACAAAAAUAAAAACAUCAAAAGUCAAACUUGUCUGCAACUUUGCGUCUAAAUCAACCGCAUUGGCAACUAAAAAGCCAUAAGAACCGAAAAGCGCAAGAAGCCACGAAGAAAAUUCUCCAGCCAAAUAUUCAAUACAACAACUACGAAACUCUCAGAAAGCCGAAAAGGCUAAAAAGGCGGACAGCGGGCACUGACAGGCAGGCACACAGCAAGUUCAUUGCAUUCAUUGAUGACUUUUUCCUGGAAAUAAACCCACAACAAGAACAACAACAAAAGAAACUAAAAAAGUAAAGUAAAACUCACGAAGUCAAGCAUAUUGGUGGCGCAGCAAGAAUCGGGAAUAGCUGUGAAAUGCAGUGACCAAAUCCAGUGAAAAAGGUGUAUGUAUUUGUAUGCUAAACCAAAAGUAGCCAAGUAUUUGCAAGGUGUAAAGAUUAAAUAAAAGUAGUCAAAAAGUGAAGUGCCAUAAAAUCAAGAUAAUAAAAGUAAAUAAAAAUAAAUUAAAUAAAAUUGUGAACCCAAAAGUGUUGCGCAAACAGCGCCAAAAAUAAAGCAAAAAACAAGCGUAGAGAACCUGAGCAAACAGAUAAUUGACCAAAGUGCGAACGCCAAGUGCAACUACAACAAAAACAGCAGCAAGCAGCUUGUGUCAACGUUCGACGCCCUAUGAGAUUAUUGAAAUAGGAGAAAAAAGUUUUCGUUUUAAAAACACAACGCUGGUUACUUGCGUCUAAAGGCAAACAUUUCGGUUUUUUCGUCGUUGAUUUUUGAUGCUUACCUCGUCGCCACUUAAUGCCAUAUACAGCGCCCAACGCAUGUUUGAUAAAUAUUAACAUUUAUUUUUCAUAGAUGAAUCUAAGCUGAAUUCUGGUUCGUGGGAGGACUCCCUACCUAAACUUGAUAUUAACAGCACUGAGCUAUCACCGCUCGGCGAUAGCAACAACGGCAGCAUCACGACUACUACUACGGCACAAUUGCAUCACAACGCCAACAACGCUUCGUUGCAUCGCCCCGACCCGUUGAACGCCUCGCGCUCCUCAUAUAACAGUCUACACACUUUAUUGAAUAGCAGCACGCUUGCAGCACCGCUGCAACAAUAUCAAUCACAACAACAACAGCACCAUCAUCAUCAGCAUAGUAAAAGCUGUGGCAGUCCGAGCAGCAUCGGCCGGCCAUCUAACGAAGCGGAAAACACCGCAACCGCCUUAGUUGCGCACACAAACAACACAAUUGCCGGCGGAAGUUUCAGCACCAACGGCGGCUCAGCGGCCGUUGGUGUAAGCACCGCAACUGCAACCACCGAAACCGUUAACAACAGUCAAAACGGCGCCACUGUAAAUACCGCAACAAAGAAACGUCUCGAACAUAACGCCUCCACACGUUCCGUACAAUCCGAGGACAGUUGGUGUUCCGAGCAAUCGAUAGACCAGGAGGCCACCGCCAACGCCAACAGUACGCACUCAGCUUCGGACGACGAAGCCGCAACGGAGGACGAACGUGAACGUGAACGCAGCAGCGUGACGUCGUUGAGCGCCACCAAUCAACGCAAUUCACAAUUGCGUUCCACACUCAACAAGGCCAAACAGCAUUUGUCCUUUGACAAAUGGCGCACGAGUUCCUCGAACAGUGGAAACGCUGCCAACAACACAUCCACCAACAAUUCCGCAACCCAUUCGGUGUUGGGCAGCAACGGCGCCGCUGAUAACAGUGGCAACAGCACGCAAACACGACGUGCUAGCGCCUGCACCAUGCCGACAGCACACCAAAGUGCACGUGAUGACAUCACCACACCAGGUGAAUCGCCGGGUGGCCGGCUCUCACGCUGGUUCUCGAUACGACGCGGCUCAUCACACCAGUACGAUGUAGGCGGCCGCCAAUCGACCACAUCCAGCAUUGAUAUGCCGGAUGCCGCAGCGUUGUCAGCUUGCGGAGAUUCGGCACAUGCAUCGCCACAAAAGUUGAGCGCCAACAAAAUGCCCGGCGUACCAGAGAAUGACGAUGAAGAGGCCGCCUUAACGGCAUCGCGUUUUGACCUGGAUCUAAUGUUACCGCCAGGCAGUCGCGCCAAUGGCUCGGCAAACAUUGCGCACACCCGCCUCAUCACGCCAAUGCUGCCACCCGCACCGCCGGGCCUAUCGCAGCAGCAGCUGAAGCGGCGCCACAUUGUGGCUGCAAUUGUGCACAGCGAGAACUCAUAUGUGGCCACUUUGCAACGUCUAGUCAAUGAUUAUAAGAAACCUCUCGAAGAGAGCAACCCACCUAUUUUGAGUGGCUCCAAAAUCGCCACACUCUUUCAUCGCCUGCCCGAGAUUCUGCAAUCGCACAAAUUAUUCCGCAUCUCACUCGCCGAAUGCGUAUGCAAUUGGGAUCGUGACGAGCGUUUGGGCGAUUGCUUUGUGAAUGCCUUCAGCAAGCCGCGCAUACUCGAAAUCUACUCGGGCUUCAUAAAUAAUUUCUCAGCAGCCAUGGAACUCGCCAAAAUGGAGGAGAAACGUAAAUCAGCGUUAGCUGAUUUCUUCAAAGUCAAACAAAUUAGCGCACACGAUCGUCUCUCGUUCUUCGGUCUGAUGGUUAAACCAGUGCAACGUUUUCCACAAUUCAUUCUCUUUCUACAGGAUAUACUCAAGUAUACGCCACAAGGCCACCACGAUCGUAUGUCGCUACAAUUGGCGCUGACACAAUUGGAAUUACUCGCUGAAAUGCUAAACGAGCGUAAACGCGAAGCUGAACAAUAUCAAGGCUUCAAAGAGAUGUUGGGCCACAUUACCGGCACUUUUAAUGCACGCUCACUCACCUCGACAGAUGGCAAUCGUGCGCGUUAUCUUCUACGCGAGGAUAAUGUGACACAUGUGGAGUUCAAUCAGGCUGGUCUUAUUGUGAAGUCCAAGCAGCGUCGUCUAUUAUUGCUCAAUGAUAAGGUGAUUUGUGUUUCGGUCGCACCGAAGCAGUCACAUGAUUUUGGCGCUACGGAGAAGCUGAGUUUCAAAUGGAUGUAUCCAGUGACAGAUGUGGAAAUCGUGGAUAAUAGUACUUCCGCAACGCUCUCGAGAAUAUUAACUGCUGGUCUCAAUCGCGGUGGAAGUCUCAAGUCCAACAGUAGCUCCUGCAACAACAGUCACUCCAAUACGCUACCAAUCAAUGCCACACACUCACAUGGUGGUCACUCAUUGGACAGCUCACCAGCUGCACAACUCACCAAUGGCGCCGAUAAUCUCUGCUCCGAGAUGAGCACACUCAUGUACGAUUAUGAAGUAAUCUCACGUAUACACGAUCUCGUCAGCACCUUAAAGGGCACAUACAAAGAGCUCAAUACGAAUACCACACGUAAUGUCUUGAAUACCAUACAAGCCUCGAUACAACGCAAAGAUGAGGAAAUGGCUUGGGUUGAUUCGUGUUGUCUGCAAUUGAUAGCGCGCAACAAGUCGGGCAAAGAGGAGACCUACACAUUCCAGACACAAACACCGAAUGUGAAGAAGGAAUGGAUCACGGAGCUACGUUUAGCACAAUUGGCUUUAGACCCGAACAACUCGCCAGCCUGGGAGACGUCCACUUCAACAGAGCCACAAUCACUAGGCAAUAGCUACGAGCAGCAACAACAUGUAAUGCAGCGACAAUCCACCAAAUUGCCACUUUUCGUCAAGGCGAUACCAGUCUACAAGUCACAGCAUCAAACAGAGGUGCGCUGUGGUUGUUAUUAUACUAUCGCCAACGACUUAAAGCUAAGCGGCAACGCACGCCGUCGUCACAAACAACAGAACUACCUAUGGGUCUGUACUAGCGACGGCACAUCCUCACAUAUAGCAGUGCUCUCGCAACAUCAUCAACAGGCCGGUAAUCUGCGUGAUGUGGGCUCCUUCGACUUGGUCGAGACUCAGAUUACCGCCAUGGAGUUCGUCAAGGGACUGGAUAGUGUGAAGAAACGUGAAGAGCACAAUAGCCUGCUAGGCGAUCUAGUGUGGAUGGGCACAGACAGUCGUAAAAUAUUGAUUUACUCAGCACAAAACCCCGAACAGGAGGAGCAAUUGGGCUGCAGCACUGUACCUGGCGCCGUUACGCGUAUACUCUAUCACUUCGAUGUCGUUUAUGUGGCGCUCUCAAAUGCCAUAAUGCUCAUUUAUCGUCGUUCGUACGAUGGCGUCUGGAUGCUUAAAGACCCACAAGUGGUGCUGUUGGGCGAAUCUGGUCUGCCAGUGCCAAGUCUAUUGCCAAUCAAUAUGAAUAUUUACGCUUCGUGCGCGAAUCGCGUAUAUGUGCUGAAUGCGCUCAACGGUGAGAUACAGAAGAGUUUUGAGGUGCAACAUGGUGCCAAUCAACAGGUCAACUUAAUGGCACACUCCGGCAUCGGUUUAUGGAUCUCGCUGAAAAAUUCAACUGUUUUGUGUUUGUAUCACACAGAGACCUUUAAGCAUUUGCAGGAUAUCAAUAUUGCCUCAAGUGUGUUGCGGAGCGAUGGCAAGAAGGAGCAAUCAGUUAACAAUAGCUCCAUUUAUGUAACUGCGCUCAUGGCCUGCAAGGGUUUGCUGUGGGUUGGCACGAAUGUUGGUAUUGCCGUUACCAUACCGCUACCACGACUCGAAGGUGUGCCGAUUAUCAGCGGCGGCAUAAAUAUGUCUUGCCAUGCACACUUUGGUCCGAUCACCUUUCUGCUGCCACUUAUACCGCGCGUUUAUCCAAGCUACAAACAGCCACCGACACAAACGCUGCCUGUCGCCUUUUGUGCGGAGCCCACCGUUACAGUGCCUAGCAUGGGUGAUGACCUACAAUUGCCCGCAAUCGAUGCCGAUCCCAAAAAACUCACAGAAGCCGAUCUGGACGAAUCGACGGUGAUACUACGUCGCGACUUGCCAAAGGAUGAGUCAUCAUUCUCGGGCACUGCUUCACCCUCAGCUUCGAUGUUGCGCGAACUUAGCGUGGAUGGUGACUCAAACGCCUCUUCGCCGCGUUGUUCCAAAUUGGAUAAGCAAAAUUCAUUCGAUCAAUCGCUAUCGAAACUACGCGCUUCGCUCGUCAACUCGCCAGCUUUCCAUCGCAAACGUUUCCGUGAUCUCUCCUCCGACUCGGCGCGCAUGGCCAAGACGCUGCCACGUGGCUUCAACACGAGCAUGCACUCAAACACGAGCACGCUCAAUCAUAGCGAACAUGGCUGCUGUGACGUCUACGGCUUGUAUGGUAAACUGAUUUUCGUGAAGGAGGACUACGACGCAGAGGAGGGCACGCAGGGCAAUCUCAUGGACAUGAUGUACGAAGGCAUGCGCCGUUCCGACCCCGAAUUGGCGGCCAUACCCGGUAAGGUGAGCACACUGGAUCGCCGUUUGCGCAUGAAGGCCUCACGUCCACGUUCACUCGAUCUCUCCAACUGGUCGGUAGACUCGAAAUCAUCUAGCCUCUACACAUCAUCGGGCAGUGAAGAAAGCAUGGGCAUACGCCUCUUCGGCGGACGUUCGGUAUCGCGCAACAGCAGCAGCGCUAGUCACAAAACCUCAGGCAACGGCAGUGAUUUGGGUAACAUAUCCGAGAAUGGACUAAUGACAAGCGCCGAAAUACACCAACAUCACAGCACACCCAAAUCCGAUGAUGGCUUCAAAUUGUUGGAGAUAAAGCAAACCAAGAAUGCUGGCACAAAUGCAGGCGGCGCAUGCACGCCACCACCCGCCGCUGCUGUAGCGACACUCAAACGUAAACAAAAGCAAACGAACAAACAACAACAGCAACAAAAUGCCGACGGACCGCGCACCAUUAUCACGCUGAUGGGCGGACGCGGCUACUGGCGACACGUCUGGUACAACAACGCCAACUCGCCGAACAGCAAAUCGGCAACGCUAAGCAGUGGCGCCUCAACACCACUAAUCGCCAACUCGAACGACGCACACAUUGUGGUGUGGGAGAAAAAGUUAUAAUCGCAGGAGUUCGAGUGGCGCCCCUUGCAGCGUAUCGGGCGUCGCGGUCGUGUGCGCUUUCGCGGCAGUUACAUGUCGCGUGAGCGUGUGUGCAAUGGCGGCGCCCCCAACCGUGGGCUGGGCGUGCUCAGCGCCAGCACGCUCAAUGUGCGCGGCAAGGAAAGCGGCUUUUUGGCGAGCAGUAGCGGUAUGGGAUUUAAGCGUUUCGCCAAACUAAAACGAGGUGGCAGUCUGAAGGAGUUUUGAAUCAAAAUCAAAAAUCAUCUGUUAAUGUUAGUAAUUGUAGGCUUAAUGAAAUUUUUAUGAAUUAAUAAACAAAAAAUGUUUACAUAUUAACUGUACAGUUAUGGAAAGUAUAAUAUAGAACAAGCUGAACUGAAUUGCAUGGAAUUUGAUGUUUACUUGCUGUUGUUGUAUGGAAAAAUAGUACGUAAAAUCAUAAAAAACUAAAUCAAAUUAUACUGCACAAAUAAUGUAACGGAAAAUUUAAAUACAAACACUCAAACAUGCAUAUGCAGUUAUUUGUAGCAUAAGCAGAAAGUACUGAGUGAAAAAUGUAAAAACAAAAACAACAACUGCUGAAAUUAACAAGUAUUUUUAUUAAAGAAGUUUCAUAAAGCGUGACCAAACUUUUGGGAAGCUAAUCAUGUAAAAAUCAAAUUAUAUUAUAUUAUUUGCUGGUUCACAUAUUUUGCGGGACAAAUUAAAAUUCUCUUUUGUUUGUUACCUAUAUUUUGAUGAAAAUUUUCUUUAUAAAACAUAUUUGAAUACAAUGUUUUAAAAAAAAUUUUUUUAAUAUUAUUAAAUUUAUUUUUAAUAUUUUUUUUUAUUUUAAGGCUUACAUUUUCAAUUUAGUAAAUUUGUUUUCGUAUUUUCCUAAUAAAAGUAAAUUUAAUGACAUUUGUUUAUUUUAAUUUUAUUUAUUAAUUUUUACUUAUUUUCUUUUUAUUUAUUUUUUCUUUUUAUUUAUUUUUUUUUUUUUAAGACUUACAUUUUCACUUUGGUAAAACUCAUAUGAUUUUUAAUCAAAUGCUUUAUAUAAUUAAUUUUUCUUUUUUCAUUAAUUUGGAUAAUUGAAACUAAAAUAAUAGUUAAAUGUUAUAUUUUAUUUAUUAUUAUUAUUUUAUUUGUUAUUAUUAUUUUAUUUAUUAUUAUUUUUUUUUCUUGUUAUAAUCUAUUUAAUAAUUGUAUAAUAUUUAUAUUGCAAUUGUCUCGCAUAAUUAUGAAAAUCGGUAAUACAAAAAGCAUUUUAUAGUUCUAUGUAUGAAAGUUUUUUUUAAAAAUAUAACAAAAAAUAUAAAAAAAUUGUUUAGGGAUUUAUGAAAAAUCAAAAAAAAAUGAAAAGUUGUACGAUUUUAAAAAACUGAUUAGAAUAAAAUGUAUACAAACUGAAUUGCUGAAUGUUUAAACAUACACAUACAUAUAUGUAUAUAUUUGAAAAAUUUACCACUGUAUACUAAAAAGCUUUACAACUGAAAUCUAUUUUCGCAUAAUAAUUUUUUUUAAUUUUUUCAAGGAGACAUAUUUGAACUCAAAUUGUAAUGCAACACUUCCAAGUAAUGAUUUCCCAUGCAAUUUAACGACCCUAAGUAGCAUUACUUUCUUGCCACAAACAAUUAAACGACACUUUAGCGUUUACAAACGAACACUAACGAUUCACUUUACGACUUACGACGUGUCACUUUCACUCUCAGCCACUUGGAUACGAAAUUAUAGCAAUCCAAGUUGGUCAUUUCAAAUGAAAAGCGUAUAUUUUGUAAAUAUUGGUAAAUGUUAAGCGUAGCUGCAGUUAAACUUUAUUGUAUGUACAUACAUAUAUUUAGUUAUUUGAAAAUUAAUAUAUUUUUUUAGCGUUUCAAUGGAUUAUUUAUGUAUAAUGUUAUAAAAUUAAUUUUUUUUUAAUAUUUUUGAAUUCUCUGUUAUGCAUGUUAAAUAUGCUUAAAGUAAUGCCUUAAAUUAAUGAACAAAAUAUUAAAUAUAAUGUUUAUGAAUUAAAAAAAGAUAUUAAAAAUAACAAAAAAAUUUCAAUAAAAAUACAUAUUAAAUGUCUAACUGAAGUUUAUGCAUACAAAAUGGAUCUGUUCUUAUAUACAAAAAUACAUUUAUAUAAUAUAUUGUAUAUGUGCAUAUAUGUACACACAUAUUUAUAUAUUUACAAUCUACAAUACUAUAAACACAAAUUUGAUAGUGAAGGCACACUUUUCCAGGCUUUUUGUAUUUUUAUAUUGAUCUGCUAAAUGACUUAAAGUAAAAUAUAAAGCAUGCACAGCAUUAUAUAUGUAUGUAUGUGUAAGUAAUAGCAUAAAAUAUUUUUUAAAUUAAGUAUAUGAAAUCUAGAUAUGUAUGUAUAUCAAAAGUUAAUUGUUAAAGCAAACAGGCACGUACAGUUAAGCUAUACUUAGAGAAGUACUACCGGCAAAUAUUUUUGUGUGUACUUGUAGUUAUAUAUACAAUACAUAUAUAUUUUAUUUUGAAUAUUGAAUUUCGAAUGCUAAAUUUAACUGCUGAAUUAAUUUAGUUAGCAAACAAUUUCAUUUAUUAAUUAAUGUAAUUUUUUUAAUAAAAUUAUAUAAUUUUUUUUAAUAAAAUUUAUUUUUAUUUAAAAAAAAAGUAAUAAAAUUUUAUUAUUAUUAUAUUAAUAAAGUUGUAUAAUUUUAUAAAAAAAAUUAUUUUCAAUAAAGUUUUAUUGUUAUUAUAAUAUUAUUUUUUAUUCAAUAAGAUUUUAUUAAAAUUAUAUUACUAUUAUAUAAUAUAAAACUUAUAUUAGCUUAUUUUUCAAGUACUUUUCUAAUAAUAUAAUUAAAACUGAAAUUCUCAUUUUCCAUUUUCAAACUCAAUUAACGCCAUUUACAUAACUCACGCUGAAUAUACAAUAGCUGGUGUUGCGAAUUUGUAGGUUAUAAACACUUACUUUUAAGCUACACGCACACACAUACACUUGUACAUAUAUACUGCUUAAUUGCUCUAGUUUCAUGGUUUCAAUGCAACUCUGCCGUGCUGCUGUGACCUUCUUGUGUUGCCAGCCAAAACAAUAAGUUUGCUCUAUCAAAACACAAAAACAAAUACAAGUAAAACUUAGCAUAAGCGCCAUUGCAUUUUUCUAGCUUAAAAAGUACUAACUGUAAAUUAGUUAUUAUUAUAACUAUUAUAAAGUACGAAAUGCAUAAAAUAAUUAAUAAUUUUCAUUUCGAUUAAUUAUUAACAAAAAUACAAACAUAUGAUACAGUGAUACUGCUAAUUGUUGAAAAAAUGUUUUUCUAAAUAGCAAACGUUUAUGUAAAGAACUUGUUUGUAUGUGUUCCCCUACUUGCUCACCCCUAAGUUCAUAAAUAGAGUUUCCAAACGAUUUUUGGCGAACGAAAAAAUUAAACCGAAAUAUGUAACGAAAAUCAAUAGAUUACCUUAGUAGUAGCCAUGCAUACAAACAUAUAUACAUAUUUACAACAAUAAAAUAUUUUUAAAAUAUAGUUAAAUACAACGGAAGGCACAAAACAAACAUAAGCACUUACAAACACACUUACUAGCCACACACACACACACAUAGAAAAGAAGUAUAACUUAGUUAUUAAUGCCACCUUAAAU